GGCCGCCGUAGCUCCGAGUUGUCAUGGAAACCCAAUCUCUUCGCCAUGUCUCUCCAGCAGGCCCCUCCAUCUCGGGUGUUCGUGGAACUGGUUCCGUGGGCUAACCGAGGACGGGAGAACCACCUGGUUUCCAGCGGAGAGACGCCGCCCGCCGCCCUCCGCCCUGUCCCGCCAACACAGUUAGAAACCUCCACCCGCGAGGUGCACGUUAGCGGCACCUCCGAAGUGUCUGCGAGCCCAGACCGCGCGCAGGUGGCGGUGCGAGUGAGCAGCAGCAAGGACGCGGCCGCCGAGGCCAAGAAGAGCGUGUGCCGCCGCCUGGACUACAUCGCGCAGAGCCUCCAGCAGCAGGGUGUGCAGGCAGAAAAUAUAGUUGUGACAAAGGACUUUAGAAGAAUAGAAAAUGCUUAUCAUAUGGAAGCAGAAGUCUGCAUUACAUUUAGUGAAUUUGGAAAAAUGCAGAAUGUAUGUAACUUUCUUGUUGAAAAGCUAGAUAGCUCCGUUGUCAUCGGCCAACCCCAGUUCUAUCAUACUCCAGGUUCUGCUGAGAAUCUUCGAAGGCAAGCUUGUCUUGUUGCCGUUGAAAAUGCAUGGCGCAAAGCUCAAGAAGUUUGUAAUCUUGUUGGCCAAGUCCUAGGAAAACCAUUGCUAAUCAAAGAAGAAGAAACAAAAGAAUGGGAAGGCCAAAUUGAGGAUCAUCCGUCAUCAAGACUUUCUAGUUCAUUGACUGUACAACAAAAAAUCAAAAGUGCAACAAUACAUGCCUAUUCAAAAGUGUCUGCAACUUUUGAAGUAAAGGGGAAAGAGAAGAAAAAAAAACAUCUCUGAGAUCUCAACUAAAAUAUAUUGUGUUUGUAUCUUUUUUCUAUUUUUAUACUUUAUAUAUAUAUUGUAUAGCAUAUAAAGUGUUCUUGCACAAAAUCUGUCAUUCCUUAAAUAUAAGUAUCCCCCACGUUUACUGGCUAUCUUCAAAAAACUUUUGGAAAUAAAUAAAAGCAUCUGCUUACGGACAAUUCAUAGAAAUGCACAUGUAAAUAAUGUUUAUGUUUCUACAGUAGACAUACUGGCACAAUUUUAAGCAUGAUUCUUCACAUUAAUUGUAAAAAAUGACUAGCAUUGUAUUAAUUUUGAUUAAAAGGUA